GUCCCGCAUUGGCCGGCAGCGGCCGAGCGAGGCGCGUGGGAGCCCCUCGCAGGGAGGGAGAAAGGCGCGGCAGCUGUGUGGUCCUGCAGGCAGGCGGCGGAGCGGACCACCCCCAAGCCCUGCUCGGGGCGGUGAGGCGGCUGCCUGCCCCCAAGGUCCAGGGGAAGCUGGAGGUCGCUGUUCGCUCCCCCUGCUGCUGCGGUGUCCCUGAGCUGCUCGGGCCCAUCUCUGGUCGGCUCUCCUCCCCCGGUGCCGCUCUUCCUUCCACAUCGAGCUCCUACCUCAGCCUGGAAACAGAAGUUAAGACCUUUGUCUUUUCCUACCUGCAUGCCAGCCAAGCCACUCCAGGUUACUCCUUUCCUGAGUGAUGAGUUGAGGAUCUGCAAGUAAAGAGGAAAUAGAAGACAUUAACCCACCUUGUUUGGCGAGAACGCAAAAUCAGCACAAUAUGGCACAGCCUAGCAUUGUUCUUGGAUUAUUCAUAAUGACUGUUUUAUCAAUGCUGGAUGGAAGUUCAGCUUUCCUAUUAAAUCAGCGUCUGAAGGGAAGAUUUCAAAGGGACCGCAGAAACAUCCGUCCAAACAUCAUUCUCGUUCUUACUGAUGAUCAGGAUGUAGAACUUGGUUCUAUGCAAGUGAUGAAUAAGACGAGGCGGAUCAUGGAACAGGGAGGUGCUCACUUCAUCAAUGCCUUUGUGACGACCCCAAUGUGCUGCCCAUCCCGCUCCUCUAUUCUCACGGGGAAAUAUGUUCACAACCACAACACCUACACCAACAAUGAGAACUGCUCCUCUCCAUCCUGGCAAGCUCAGCAUGAAAUACGCACAUUUGCAAUAUACCUGAAUAACACAGGAUACAGGACAGCUUUUUUUGGGAAGUACCUUAAUGAGUACAAUGGUUCCUAUGUGCCUCCUGGCUGGAAAGAAUGGGUUGGAUUACUUAAAAACUCUCGCUUUUACAACUACACACUCUGUAGGAAUGGCGUGAAGGAGAAGCAUGGAUUUGACUACUCUAGGGAUUAUCUGACUGACCUGAUCACCAAUGACAGUAUCAGCUUCUUCAGAAUCUCGAAGAAGAUGUAUCCCCAUAGGCCUGUAUUGAUGGUUCUCAGCCAUGCUGCUCCUCAUGGUCCUGAAGAUUCAGCUCCUCAGUAUUCACAACUCUUUCCCAACGCUUCACAACACAUCACUCCCAGUUAUAACUACGCUCCCAACCCAGACAAGCACUGGAUAAUGAGGUAUACUGGUCCCAUGAAACCUAUUCACAUGGAGUUCACCAACAUGCUACAGAGAAAGCGCUUACAGACACUCAUGUCCGUGGAUGACUCCAUGGAGACGAUUUAUAAUACACUGGUUGAAACAGGUGAACUGGACAAUACCUAUAUAAUAUAUACAGCAGACCAUGGCUAUCAUAUUGGGCAGUUUGGACUGGUGAAAGGAAAGUCCAUGCCUUACGAGUUUGAUAUCCGAGUUCCUUUUUAUGUGCGAGGUCCGAAUGUGGAGGCUGGGUCCCUGAAUCCUCACAUUGUAUUGAACAUUGAUCUUGCUCCUACAAUUCUAGAUAUUGCAGGCUUGGACAUUCCACCUGACAUGGAUGGUAAAUCCAUUCUAAAACUGCUGGAUUCUGAGAGACCAGUUAAUAGGUUCCAUUUUAAAAAAAAGAUGAAGGUGUGGAGAGACUCGUUCCUUGUGGAGAGAGGUAAAUUACUGCAUAAGAGAGAGAAUGAGAAGGUGGAUGCUCAGGAAGAAAACUUCCUGCCCAAAUACCAGCGUGUGAAAGACCUCUGCCAGCGAGCCGAGUAUCAGACUGCCUGCGAACAGCUUGGGCAGAAAUGGCAGUGUAUAGAAGAUGCCAGUGGGAAGCUCAAGCUGCACAAGUGCAAAGGGAUGGCUCACCUGGCAGCCGUGAGCAGCAGCAAAGGGGUCUCCAAUCUCAUGCCCAAGUAUUACAGCAGGAAAAGCGAAGACUGCAACUGUGAGGAAAACGAAUACAAGCUGAGCCCUAUUGGACAGAGACCGAAACUCUUCUCCAAGAAACAGUACAAGCCAAGCUAUGUCCGGAAUCGCUCUAUUCGCUCUGUGUCCAUUGAGCUGGAUGGAGAGGUUUAUAAUUUGGGCUUAGAGGAUGGCUAUCAACCUGUCUUACCAAGGAAUAUCACCAAAAGACACAAGGCAGAGGGGGAGGCUGCAGGAGGAGAGGAGGAUAAGGACAUCGGAGAAUACAGUGGCACGGGUGGCAUUGCAGAGUAUACGGCCUCUAAUUUAAUCAAAGUGACUCACAGAUGCUAUAUCCUGGAGAACGAUACUGUUCAGUGUGACACAGAUCUGUACAAGUCACUGCAGGCUUGGAAGGACCAUAAACUUCAUAUUGACCAUGAGAUUGAAACACUGCAAAAUAAAAUAAAAAACUUAAGGGAGGUCAGAGGUCAUCUAAAGAAGAAGCGACCAGAGGAGUGUGACUGUAACAAGAUAAGUUACCAUUCCAAACACAAGGGCAAACUGAGGCAAAAAGGGUCUAGUCUCCAUCCUUUCAAGAAAGCCCUGCAGGAAAAGGACAAGUUGUGGCUGCUUAGAGAACAGAGGCGAAAGAAAAAGCUGCGCAAACUGCUGAAGAGAAUAAAAAACAAUGAUACAUGCAGCAUGCCUGGCCUGACGUGCUUCACCCAUGACAACCAGCACUGGCAGACUGCCCCCUUGUGGACAUUGGGUCCUUUCUGUGCCUGUACCAGUGCCAAUAACAACACAUACUGGUGUAUGAGGACAAUCAAUGAGACACACAACUUCCUGUUUUGUGAAUUUGCUACUGGCUUCCUGGAAUAUUUUGAUCUCAAUACUGACCCAUAUCAGUUGAUUAAUGCAGUGAACACACUAGAUAGAGACAUUCUCAAUCAACUGCACAUCCAGCUCAUGGAAUUAAGAAGCUGCAAAGGAUAUAAACAGUGCAACCCAAGAACUAGGAACAUGGAUCUGGGGCUUAAGGAUGGAAGCUACGAGCAGUUCAGGCAGUUUCAGCGUCGAAGGUGGCCAGAAAUGAAGAGACCUUCAUCUUCCAAGUCGCUAGGACAACUGUGGGAAGGAUGGGAAGGCUAACCUCCUGCAACUGCUGGACCUCAAUGAGGAUACAAACGGGCCAGAACUUGAAUCCUUGUACAGACUUAAUGAAAAUGUAUAUGAUUUCAGAAAGAAUUAAAAUGUUAGCCUGGAGGACUGGAUGAACUUUGAGGUUGAAGUAGAUAGAAUGUUUGCACUGUUGAGUGAAUUAAAUAGAUAGUGAAUUUGGGGGAACUACUGUCAGGAAUAUAGGUUCCUUUUUGAAGGCCACUGUUGCAUCUGCUUUUGCUUUGGAUUAUAUUUCACGAAGUCACCGCAGUUCAAGGAAUUGAUGGAAGAGAAAAUGAGGCUAACCCCAUGCAUGGAUUGACACCUCAAAGCACAGAGCACCCACAAAAUUAUUUCAGUGGGAACAAAUUAAAAACCUCUCUGAGCUACCCCAUCGAAUGUCAUUAGAACAGCUGCAAAGCGAAGUUUAAACAAUGUGGAAAUUUUUACUUUUGACUGGGGCAGAUUAAAUGAGGACAGUAUUAUUUAGUGAUUCAGGAAUUCAAGCCAGCAGCACUGAAGAAGCAGCAGCUAAAAAUGCUCAACAGCACGAUACUUCAAGUUUCCUCUAAGGAUAUCAUUUUAGUUCACUGUCUCCAUAGCCACCCUAUUGCCAGCUGUAGGAAAAAUAGAGAAAAUCUUGAGUAACAAAAAAGCAGAUUGCUGGAGUGGUUCUGUAAAUAUUCAAUGUCUUGUUCAAAAGAAAUUGUCAAUAAAAAAGUGGAAUGCCCAACUA